ACCUACACUCCCAUUAACUUACCUGUAUUCAACUGCGCCAGUAUGACACACUGCGCUCCAAGUCGAUGUAUUCAUUGUAUGGAUGUUUCAUUUAACGGCUUAACAUAAGCUGGAAAUCAGAUUAAAUCGAACUUUUACACGACUUCAUCUGUCUGCAUUCGAGUUUAUGAUUUAUCUUGGACAGGCAAACCGGAAAAGGUGAAAGGAUCAAUAUCAUAAACCCUAUAUCGGAGGAAAUUUUCAUUUAGAUGCGUUCAAGAAUGGAUCAUACAUUUCAUAAUAUUCUGAUAUGAAUAUAUUAUUAUGACUAUACGCGACUCUUUGAGUAGGUGUCUUCAGCUUCUGUGGGAAACAAAAGGAGAUCACUAGGCCCACUUUGGAACCCUUCAGUUACACCAACUGUUAUAAUCAUUCUCCAACUCAGUCAGAGUCUAAACCAAGCUGAACUUGGAGAAUGCAAAACUUGUAACCGAUUCGCGAGUGAUCGCAGGUGUACUGAGUAAAGCGGAAGUAUUAUACUGAUUAACUCAAAUUGUAUUUUAUCAGCAUUGUGCUGUAUAGUGGAUUUUAUGCACGGGACUGAGCUAAGGAUUAAAUCAAAAUGUGUCAGGCGAUCAUAAAGCGAAGGGCUACUUUGUUCUUCAUGGUUACCUGUGGUAGCAUCGCCUGUAUGAUCUUACUCGGGAUUGCUCUGGGCACGACGAGCUGGGUGCGGGCAUACCUUGUGCGUGAUAUCACUGUCUUCAACACCUCGCAACCUCUCAGGGGGUUCCUGGGUUCGAAUCCCAUCGAAUCGGACGAUCCUGGGGCUUUCAAUGGGGUGUCUUUCUUCGGGCUCUUCUACGGAUGCAAGAAAUUCAACUAUGGUCUGGGAGGACGAAAGUACAACUGUUACUCAGUCUUUAGCGAACAUGCCGAAGUCUACGACACGGGCAUGGUGAUAGCGGUCAUCAUCUUCCUCAUCCCCGCAGCCAUCUUCGCUCUCAUCUCCACGAUCUUCGGAUUGGUCAACAUCCUCACCGUUCCCAUAGAAACGCUUCAUGGACCCGUCGGUCUCUACAUCUGGAAUCUGAUAGGAGUUCUGUGCACUGCGGUAUCCAUCAUACUCUACCUCGUCAUCUAUAUCACUCAAAUCCGAUUCGAAGUGUUGAACCAGGCCGACCGCGCACCCCCUCAUAACUUCAACACCAGUCGGGUCGACUUCGGGUUCUCUUUCUGGCUCGUGGUCGCCACCUUCAUCAUCUUGUGCGUCAACAUCGUCCUUGUUUUCCUCGCUCACAUGGUCGAGAACCCCAACCUGCUCAGCAGCAAGAAGAAGUCGAUGAAUGUGAGCGGGAAGGGCGGCGACAUCGGACUGGGCAUCAUGUAUUAACUGAGUGGCGUAGAGUCCAUGAGACCAGCCCCCUGGAGGCAUACACUAGUGUUAGAAGGAGGGGGAUUAGGUGCCCCGAGACCCGCUUCUCUGAGCUACGACACUACGAGCAGUCAACAUAAUUAUAGCCCGUUUCCAAUUUCUGUAUUGUGACGACCCUGGUCAUAAUUAUCCUCUUCAAUUUUGUGAUGCCUUAAACAAAUGGGCCGUAUAAGUUGAGAUGAUCGUCGGAGAUUUUAUGGGGGAAAUAGUUGUGUCAACUUUUUAUAUUAUAAGUAAAUUACUGAAAGAACGCCUGAAAAAAAGUAAAAUAAUU